AUGCUUCAGACAGUUUGUCUACUAUUUCUAGUGAUCCUUCCGUGGUCGGCAAGUGGAGCUCCUAAUAACUGUGAGAUCGUUGGCGAUGUGGUCACGAUUAAGGAUGUGCCUUGGCAGGCAUCGAUUCGAUCUGACAAGAAGAACAUUUGCAGCGGUGUUAUCCUCAACACCAAAUACAUAAUCGCGCCCUCCGACUGCGUGGCAAAGAAGGCACUGCCCAGCCUAAAAGUCUCCGUGGGAAGUAGCUCGCGGGGCACGGGUGGCACUGAGGUAGGGGUCUGCAAAGUGACCAUCCACCCGCAGUCCGGCAAGAAGAACUAUGGCAGCAACUUGGCUCUGCUGAACCUGUGCGAAGCUCUAAAGCUCACGGACAGCAUCAAGGAGAUCCAGGUGAUCGACAAGGAGCCCGAUCUGAAGGCCAAUGCCACAACCUCCGGCUGGGGCAUCGUCAGUUGGGGGGCCAUGCUGAGGAAACCAUGCGCGACCGUCUCAGCGUAUGUACUACGAAAACUAGAUGUUAGCCUCCAGGAUGCGAAGUCAUGCUCCAAGGAUCGAAAGCGUUGGUUUGGCAUGUCCACUGGCAUCACGGAGCAGAACAUUUGCGUCACCAAGAAGUCCGAUAGCUGCUCCUUCGACAAGGGCGCUCCCCUGGUCAUCGAUGGCAAGUUGGCGGGCAUAAUGGCACUGGGCGAUUGCUCCAAGAAGCCCGAAGUCUUCAUCAAUUUGUUCCAUCACAAGACCUGGCUUGAAAGUAAUUCAAAGGACAAGUAAUGCCCAAAAUGAAUAGGUUUUUGGCUACAUCAAUUAUCUACAAACAUAUACCUAACAUUUAUCUAAAUAUCCACAUUUGUUGGACAAUUGUACCUAUACCUAUCGAAUAUAUUUAUUAA